GGGCGGCCGGCGCCGCGGGGCCCUGCGCUGGAGCAGGCGGGGGCGCCAGGGCCUCCCCGGGGCGCGGCGGCGGCGGUGCGGGGGCGGCCGGGGAAGCCGCCGGGCUCUGCCUGGCCGGCGCUGUCCUCUCCUGGGUUUGCCCAUCGGCCGUGCCCCGCCGGGCCCGGUGGCUGCCUGGCUCCCCUUCGUCUCCGCCGGAGCUGAAAGCAGCAGAGGCUCUAUUUUUGCUCGCUCGGUUGAUUAUUUUAAUUUCCGUUAGUGCAGAAGGCCUGAGGGAGAGGCGGCUGGCUGGGAAGCGCGGUGGCUCCGGCAGGAGCCGCUCUGGUCAGGCGCAGAGGUGUCUCGGGAAGGGGCUGGUCUGCAGCCCUUCCCAACGGUGGUCCCGGGAUGCGCUUCCCUGAACUGGAUGGAGCGUGUUGGGGCCUAAACCGCUGCAUCCCCGGUCUCGCUGGGGACGGCGUGGGCGCUGUUCAGGAGAGACCCCAGCCUGCUGGCCGCACAGCCCGGGCUGCAGCCGUGGUGGGGGGCACCCGGCCUUGGGCUGCCCACGGCCUUCCCCGCGCCUUUGCCGUGGUGUUCCGCUGGCCUGUGCCGGCAGGUGGUUUAUAACCCUGACCACAUGGUCUCGCAUGAAAAUUCGCCUGGCAGACCAGCGAGGUAGGUAUUUUUAAGGCUGAGGUGCUUCAGGACGUAGAUGGCUGGGAGCUGUACACGUGUUCUGUAAUCCGCUUGAAGUAAAGCCGAACCACGAGCAGAUCCGCCAUCAGUGGGCACGAAGGAUGGUGUUCGUUAGACAAAAAGUCAUGCCUUUUUGUGGAUUCCUGAAUUUGAGCAAGAUUUGCUUUGUUUCCUUUUGUAAUAAGGACAGAGGAUAUUGUAGGGGAGGAACUUGUCAAGUUGCUUUAUGGUGUUAAAGGCCUUUUACUAUCCUUGUUAAGGUACUACCUAAGUUGCAGGGAUCCCUGCUGGUGGUGACAGACUGUUGUGGUGCAAAUUGUUUGGGUAACCAGGCAAGUUGUCGGAGUCAGGCCAGGCCUGUAUGUUAGGAAUGUAUAUUGAAGCCAGAUCCUGUAAACACUCGCUAAUGUGUGGAGUCUUGUUGCUAGGGCUCUGCACAGAAAUAAGGAGACACACACGCACAAGUGCCUCUUUGAAGUCCUGAUGUGCUACCUGACUGUUUGGAAGCCAGGAGGAUAAGUCGAGAGUAUUGUUUCCAUAGUUCAUGAGCUUCAGUCUUGGGAUUUUAAUUUAUAAAUAAAUUCAGAUCUUUUUAUGGCUCAUUUUGGAGUAUAGCCAAGUAGAACUGUAUUGUUUUAUGUAUGUAGAUUUUUGUCUCGCACAGAGAUGUCUGUUGUUUACACAGAAACUGUAAGAGGAGUGUUUUGUUAACAUUUUGUUAGCAAUAUAAACUGACAAACACAAAUGCAGACUAGAACUUGAAACAAAAAUAGCCCUUCUUAGUGCAGAAAAACACAGAUGCCCAAAACCCGUUUUUCAAGCAAGACCAUGCAUGUGUUGGUUCUGUGUUUCUUUUAAAACUCAGGUUCUGUCACUUGCAUGCUUAUAAAUCUACUGCAUGUAACUUCCACAGCAACCUCUAAACAGUGUUUCUUUUUCUAGACAAGAUUGGCUGAAUUUUGAUUUAUUUUUGUUUUAAUUAUAUUUGAAAUUUGUUUUUGGUUGGGUGUGUCCUUGUUACAUUUUCAAAUUCCUGAGCUGACUGCAAUGAAUUCCCCUCUCCAUUGUCAACGUGUCUUUUUCAUUAAGACUGACUGCUGCCUUAUCCUUCGCUUAAGAAACUUUCAAUGGCUUUAAAUAAUAUGACCAAAAACCCUCUUAUGUUUUCAAUAUUCUAUGUGUACAAAUUCCAAAUUGAAAUUAAAAAAACUCUAAAAAAAAUAAUAAAUUCCACAGCCUACACGGCAUGUGUCUAGAGAGCUCGUGGGGUCCUUCUUUUCAUUGUGAACUUAGUGGACCCUGAAUGCAAAUUUCCAGUUGUGAUAAUGCAUAUGACUGGGCUUUUAUCUCUCUCAUUUGCACUGUUUCUAAUUUAUCCCAUGUUGACCUGGUACAUACAUGUACCUACAGGCAGAUGAUUAAUACCUGUUUAAAAGUAAGGAGUAAAUUGUUCUCAGAAGUGCCUAAAAGCAUUUGGUAUUGUAGAAAGAAGGAAUCACGGUAGCUUGGAAACUCCACGGGAGCAGAGUGUUUAAUUUUUGAAAUAUCUGCAAUGAUGGCUAAUUCAUCAACUUAUAUGGGUCCAGUAGAAGAAAGUCAGAAUUUCUGUGCUUGCACAUCUACUAAUGCAAACUAUCAUCUUUUUUUUUUUAGAAUCAUCAUUGAUGAAGUGCUUUAGCAUUGUGGUUUUGUGCUGAUUUUUCGUCCUGUUUCUUAGCUUGAGAGUUUCUACCGGUCAUUCAUGGAUUCUUGCCUUUGUGACUAGUAGCAUAACAUUAAAUUUGAAUAUCAUAGUUACCAUCUUACAUUCAUUAUUUCUACAUUGCCUGAUCAUCUCUAAAUGAGUAUUCGUAUCUGAUUUCUGUUUGAUUAAUUGCAAAUGUUUACAGGUAUCUCUUUUCCUUUUUUUCAGCUUUCUUCGUUGACAUAUAGAAGAAUAUAUGCUGAUUCUGCUACAACUCAAGAAAGAUGAUAGUCAUCCAGCAUUCCUGAGUAAUAAGAAUGGGUCCAGAUGUACCUCUACUAAAUGAUUACAAGCAGGAGUUCUUCUUGAAGCGCUUUCCACAGACUGUGCUGGGAGGUCCCCGGUUUAAAUUAGGCUAUUGUGCCCCUCUGUACAUAUACGUGAAUCAGAUUAUUCUUUUCUUGGUGCCAUGGGUUUUGGGAGGAGUAGGUACACUUUUGUUCCAAUUAGGUAUUAUGAAAGACUACUGUACCGCGGCACUUUCAGGAGGACUGAUGUUUGUUACUGCACUUGCUCUUCAGAUGGCGAAUCUAUAUGCAAAGCAGAAAACAGUAACAGUAGAAAGAAUGCAAAUUCAGAAUACCCUAACAGAUGAAGAUGAGUUUGAAUUUUCCAGCUGUCUAGGUUCAGAGACAGUAAAAUUUAUUAUUCCUGGCAAGAAGUAUAUAAUCAACACUGUAUUUCAUUCCCUUCUGGCAGGGGUAUUGUGUGGGUUGGGAACUUGGUAUUUGCUGCCAAACAGAAUAACCUUGCUGUAUAGCAACAUUGGAGGAACAGUUAUGAUCUUUGUAUUUGGAUGGGUGACUAUAUGUAUAGGAGCGUAUUCGUUAAUCAUAAAUACAGCUACAGAAACAGCUACUUUCCAAGCACUGGAUACUUAUGAAAUCACUGCUCUGAUGAGACCUUUCUACAUUUUUGUCUUUAUUGCAGUGGAUCUUGCACACAGGUGGUAUUUGUAUCACUUUGUCACAUGUACAUAUUUUAUAGUUGGGGUACUUCAAAUGCAUUUGAAAAAAAGGUUUGCUGUCAACACACCCAUUCUAGAACAGACAAACCAGAUUUUGCACAUCGUAUUUAUUUUUCUGCCAUUCUUGUGGGCAAUGGGAAUUCUGCCCCCGCUUGACGCACUUUUUCUGUGGGGGAUGGAACAACUGUUGGAGUUUGGACUAGGAGGUUCACCUAUGUCAAGUAACCCAAAGUUAUUAGUAAUGUUUCUCAUUUCUGCUGGAACAGCAAUAGCAUCGUAUUUCAUUCCCAGCACUCUUGGUGUGAUCCUCUUCAUGACUGGAUUUGGGUUCAUACUGAGUCUUAACCUAAGCGAGAUUGGUUUUGCCUUCAAACACACCAUGAUCGGCCAUUUAGCCUCCAGCAAAUCUAAAACUAUGCAGAGAGGUCUUAGAAUACAAUUUGGGUGGAGGGAAUUUGUUUUUUAUUUGACUGUGUUGGCAUUUGCUCUCAUAGAAGCUAGCCUGCUGCAUCAAUUUGCAGGCUUUUCAUCAUUUUCCAAAGCCAGUCCUCAGGCUAUAGCAAGUUACGUUCUGAUCGUAUUACUUAUAACUAUGUGGAUUCUUAGAGAGAUUCAGAGAGUGUACUUGUUUGGAGUCUUCCGAAACCCCUUUUAUCCCAAGGAUGUCAGGACUGUGACUGUGUUCAUGGAGAAGCAAAGAAGGCUAAUGAAAGUUGGUGUUGUCAGGAGGAUUUUACUGACACUAGUGUCUCCGUUUGCUAUGAUAGCAUUCCUGUCACUAGACCAUUCGCUACAGAAUCUUCAUUCUGUGUCUGUUUGCAUUGGAUUCACAAGAAUAUUUAGGAUGGUCUGGCAGAAUACAGAAAAUGCCCUACUGGACAUAGUGGUUGUGUCCGUAGCACAAAUGUUGGUGUUUAAUCCAGACCUCUGGUGGAACAGGAGCCUUGAUACAGGAAUCAGACUUUUACUGGUUGGUAUUCUGCGGGAUCGACUGCUUCAGUUUGUCUCCAAGUUGCAGUUUGCCGUAGCUAUUCUUUUGACAUCGUGGACAGAGAAGAAGCAGCGUCGUAAAUCUACCGCCACCUUAAUCACACUCAACAUUGUUUUCUUCCCAAUCCUGCUGACCUUCAUUGCCAUCUCUGCGCUGCUUUCUUCUCCCUUGCUGCCCCUCUUCACGCUACCGGUAUUUUUGAUUGGGUUUCCUAGGCCUAUCCGAAGCUGGCCGGGCCCUGUGGGUGCUGCAGCGGGUGUUUGCUCCGAUACAGUGUACUACCAGCAGAUGGUUCCGAGUCUGGCUGUUGCUCUGCAGUCUGCACUCGCAGCCGGUAGCCUAGGUCUCUUUCUGCCUGGAUCACAUUAUUUGUGCCGCUUUCAGGAUAGACUGAUGUGGAUGUUGGUGUUAGAAAAAGGCUUCACUUACUGUGGUGUGAACAUUAAGGGGCUAGAAUUGCAGGAAACGUCCUGUCAUGCCGCUGAAGCUCACAGAGUUGAUGAAAUUUUUGAAAUGGCCUUCGAACAUCAGGAGCACACCAAGAUAUUCUCUCCUAAUCACCAUUUUGGACACAUUUUGACUCCUUGUACUGUUCUACCUGUGCGGCUGUAUUCUGAUGCCAGAAAUGUGUUAUCUGGAAUAAUUGACUGUCAUGAGAAUUUAAAGCAUCUGAAAGAUGAUUUCAUUAAAGUGCUUGUAUGGAUGCUAGUCCAGUAUUGUUAUAAAAAAUCAAAAACAUGGGAAAGCUCAGGCGACGCCAACAAGAGCAAGAAAGGAUCGUUUCCAGAUAACCAGCAUAGCGGUUCAGUAGAAAGAUCCAGGCCUCUGAGGGAAGAAGACAGCUUUAGUGUUGAUACAAUUGAGGACUGGACUGAUGAUAGUGUCAUUUUUCAUCUUGAACCCAGUGGCAGAAUGAAAGACAGAAAAGAACUUGGGCAGUUGGGAAUUACACCAAAAGUACAUCUGUCUAUUCCGGGAUCUGUAGAAACACAGAGCCAAGAUGUCCCACCAGAAAUGUCACCGGAAGAUAAAUUAUACAGGGCUGUUGUCCUUGGGCUUCCUGCUGUAGACAAAGGGAAACAGCAAGAAGUUUUACCUCAGGUUGAAUUUAGUUGCUCUUACUCGGAGCUAUUGAGCAUUCCUGAAGAAUGGAGAACAGCCCCAGUGCCUUCUUCCAAAGUCAAUGAAAUGAGGCGGAGGUUUCCAGAAGAAUGGUACCACUUCAUUUUGAGUCAGCUGGACUUUUUUCACCUGAAAGAAAAGCCUUCUAAUUUACUUGAAGACCUUAUGAAAGAUAAAGCUUUGAAAGACUUAUACAUCCAUGGAGUAUUGUCAUGUUGUUUUGGUCUGUUUGGCCUGGAUAACACCGUGCCUGCCCCGAGCCAUGUGUUCAGAGCCUAUACUGGUGGUAUCCCGUGGUCUGUUGGUUUGGACUGGCUAACAGGCAAACCAGAGCUUUUCCAACUUGCAUUAAAAGCAUUCAGAUACACUUUUAAACUUAUGGUUGACAAAGCGAGCCUGGGUCCAGUGGAGAACUUCAAAGAGCUGGUUAACUACCUGGAAGAAUAUGAAAAUGAUUGGUACAUUGGACUGGUAUCAGAUCUUGAGUGGCAGCAGGCAGUUCUUCAGGAAAAGCCAUACCUUUUUUCACUGGGGCAUGACCCAAACAUGGGAAUUUACACUGGGCGAGUCCUUACUCUUCAGGAAUUGUUAGUACAAGUGGGAAAACUUAAUGAUGAAGCUGUCCGAGGUCAGUGGGCAAACCUGUCCUGGGAGCUGCUGUAUGCUACAAAUGAUGAUGAAGAACGCUACAGCAUCCAGGCACACCCAGUUCUUCUGCGCAACCUAACGGUGCAAGCUGCGGACCCACCUCUGGGCUACCCUGUGUAUUCAUCUGAACUUCUGCAUCUGCCUUUGUUCUAGAAUGUUGGUAGCACUUUUUUUUUAAUUACUAUUACGAUUGUUUUGUAUUUUUCAUUGCAUGUUGGGAAUCAAAUGCUCAUGCUACGUUUAUACACUACAAACGCGAUUUUACUCUUAAAACGGCGUUGGAUGGCAGUGCCGAGCCAGCGUACAUGAGUUGCACAGAGAUGGUGCUACCAGAGCCUUCAGCAGGCAGGAAGUCCUGAACUGUUUUCUUGCUGCUGGAACACGUGAGGCACCGUUGCCUGUGUGGCUGACGAGCCAUGAGAUGCUGAAAUUCUCUUCUCCAGUUUAGAGAAGAGCAGCACAAUUCUGAUCAUUAACUAUUUUUGAUGCAUUCUGGUUUAUUUUUAUUUCUUUUUCUUGGACAGGUGACUUGCACUGACAGUCAGGUUACAGCUCACUGUAGUACCGUCAGCCACAGAGUUAGUAACCAAAGUGUACAUAUGAAUAUUUAUAUGAAUUUUUUUUAUUCUGGCCAAUUUGUAUUGGAGGGAGUUCAGUUUUAGCAUUUGUUAUAUGACUUUUGCUGAUUUUUCCUUAGUUGUAGUAAGUUAUCAGCUGUGCUCUAACAAAGUAAGUUGUAAGGGACAAUUUUUACCAAAGCAUUUGUUUUGGGGACAGUGAGAAUUUAUAUAAAACAGUGUGCAUCCUGACGCAUUAAUAACCCGUGUGACCUACUGAUGAAAGAAGUAAAUAUGUCAUUAGGGGAGAGAAGAAAUGUAAGUCCAAAUGGAUUAAUUUUAUCUCUUUCUUCCAAUAUCCAUAGUUUUAUAUAUACAUUGUUGUUUGCAACCGGUGUCCACAUCACUACCCAGUCUUCCACAAAUACAGUGAGAGCUUGAUGAUGAAGGGGGGGCAGAAAUCUAGCUGUCUGUGCCAGAAGUAAUUUUAUUUUUUUAACCUUACCACAGGUUAGAACAGAAUUUGGCAGUUGGUUUGUAAUAGCACAGGUCUGGGUCAUCUCUCCAGUGGCUUACCCUGUUUGUUCCAGUUAUUAGCACAUAAAUGUGUUCAUGUGCUAAUAACAAUAAAUGUGUUUUCUCUGUAGAUCUGUAGUAACUGCUGGCAUAUGCUGAGCAGGGUGUAGGUAAUUGUCUGUCUUUAACCUGUAGCAUCAAUUUAAAUCAGAUCUGCUCCCUUCCGGAGUUCGUACUGGUUUGGAACACCCAGUGUUGUAAUUUGGAGCACAUUUAUUACUUUACUCCUCGCCUUCAAGACCUUUUUGUAUCGGGUAAAAUUUGUUACAGGACUGUGUACUCCAUACUUGGCUAUUUGCUGUUUCUUUUGAUCAGUGACCAUAAAAACGA